AUGAACGAGCAAUUCACCUGGACCUCCCCAAACCUAAACCAACACCACUUCAUCACCUUCGCAAAUCUCCUCGCCCUCCGAAACGGCGGACAGGUUGAACCAGCCUCCUCACCCCAUGACUCCGAAGAAAAAGAAGAAGAAGAGGACAACCCCAACAAUACCAAUGACGCAGACAGCAUCAACACAACCCAAGUCCAUCAAAUCUCAGACUCUGGAAAUACCAAACUAAAAAGAAAGUUCCUAGAUUGUUUGGCAGAACUCGCUGCCAAUGACAAGGGCGCAAGGUUUGUGGCAUGUUCUUGUAUGAGAGAAGGGGAGGAUGAGGUGACUGUGUGGAUUAGUCGGAAUGAAGGGUUUCGGGAGGUUGAUUAUACUGUUUUCGAGAGGUUGGGACGUUUGUUAAGGGGAUUGGGGUCUGGUGAUUCUGGUGAGUUUCUGUCUCAGUGUAGAUUUAUCUAG